AUGAAGUUUGGCAAACAAAUCCAGAGUCAACAAUUCACAGAAUGGAGCGCGCAUUACUUGGACUACAAGGGCUUAAAGAAAUUCAUCAAUGCUCUCCUCAACGCACCUCCAGAACAAUACGGCACGCAGAUUACAACAGACGACGAUCGAUCCAAGCUUCUCCAGUCGCAAAAGGCAGCCUUCUUUUUCAAGCUGGAACGUGAGCUGGAGAAGAUCAAUUCAUUUUAUCUGCAAAAAGAAAACGAGCUCAAAGUACGAUUACGGACGCUGGUGGACAAGAAGAAGGUCUUGCAAACCGAUACACGACGUCUCAAGCAUGCAUCAACACUAUUCAACGCAAUACAAGAAGCAUUCAUUCAAUUUGAACAAGAGCUGAAUAAGAUCCAGAAAUACGUCGAGCUUAACAAUGAAGGGUUCCGAAAGAUCUUGAAAAAGUGGGACAAGCGAUCCAAAUCGACGACAAAGGAAUUGUACUUGUCACGGCAAAUCGACAUCCAGCCAUGUUUCAAUACUCAAUUCUUGUGUGAGCUUGCCGACAUUGCUUCAGCGAAUCGUAUCGAACUCAGCAACAUCCAAGCAGGUAUCCCUGUGCCUACAGCAACAUCAACACCACCUGAACAACAGCCUGCACAACCAGCUGAUGUCAUUGAUGAUCUGGAAAUUGAGCUUGUCAAAGCCGUAUCAAGUGGUCAGGCAACAUUGGUGCGAGAAGUAUUGGAUCGAAUUGCACAACAUCCUUCACCUGGUGAUGGGGAUCGGCUUUCACGUGUAUUUUGGCAUGCAUGUUCCGAAGCGCCACGAGAGAUUAUUGAUUUAUUGACGGGGACGAAUCUUGUGGAUUAUGGCUAUGUGGAUGAUAUCAAUGAACGAUCAUGCUUGCAUGUGGCAGCAAUGGCUGGAAGAAAGGAUCUCUUGGAAUUAUGUACGGAGCGUGGUGCCAAUGUUUUGGCGACUGAUGCAUAUGGACGUACAGCUCUACAUUAUGCGACAAUGAAUGGGUUCAGCGAUUGCGUUUCUUAUUUAUUGACACAAAACGCCGACAUUGAAGCACGCGAUCAUGAUGGAUAUAGCCCGCUCUUGUAUGCAGUCAUCAAUGGUCAUGCUACGUGUGUCGACAUUUUAAUCAAGGCUGGUGCGAACAUUGAGCCCAACCACGAUGGUGAUCACAUCCCUCUUUCACUUGCAUGUUACUAUGGUCAUACCGAUAUCGCCCUCUUGUUAUAUGAACGUGGUGCCAAAAACUUGCCGAAUGCAGAAUCACUUUAUCCGCUUCAUCUCGCAGCACGACAAGGACAUGUUGAAUUAUGCCGUAUGCUUGCAAAGAAUAAGGAUGAUCUCGAUGUGCCCGAUAAGUACAAUUCAUGGACACCGUUAUUCUGGGCAGCCAGCGAUGGACAUGCUGAAUGUGUAUCGAUUUUAAUUGAGGCAGGAUGCAAGGUGAAUGUGAAGGAUGAAUAUGGCAAGACAGCAUUGUAUUAUGCUGCAUGGGAAGGUGAAAUGGAUUGCGUCAAGCUCUUGAUCGAUGCUGGAUGCGAAGUGGAGCCCAUUUUGGAGAAUCGACCACCAACACAAUCAUUCAGCGAGCCAUCGGCCGACAAUGUUGAAGAACCAGAACAUGAAUUGGACGCCAUCCCAUCACUUUCUCUUCCACCACCCAUCAUCCCAUUCCGUAUCUAUGGUCACAGUUAUUUGGAUCGCAAAUACCAAGUCCAAAUCAGCCUUCAUCAGCCACCUAUACGACUUUACGACAAUACACAAAUCUCAUCCCUCAAGUUGAUUAUCGCUUCUAAGCCCGACACCGGCAUGAUCCCUCACAGCGUUAUUCUGCCACUCGUGGAUGAUCGAGAAAUCUUUAGUUUCCAAGUCGACAAGUUGGAUGAUUUCUUGCUUGAAUUUGAUAUUUUUGCUACGUUUGGAUCCAAAGUACUUGGAAGAGGUGUUGCAUUGCCAGAGACAUUCUCCUCUGUGGAUUUCACCAUUUUGGAAGGAUAUCGAACGAUCCCACUAUUGGAUAGCCAUCUCAAGGUUGUAGGUGAGCUGACAUAUGGAUAUUCGGUGGUCAAACCAUUUCGAGGUGUACAGCUUGAGAUUGGUGGCCGCAUCGAGACAUACUGGAAAUCUACGAACACCAUCAUGCCUUCAACUUCGGUAGCCAAUACAGCAACAACAACAACACCAACAGCCUCUGCAGCUUCUGGUUCCACAGCACGAAUCACUCCCGAGCCUACACAACAACAACAAUCAUCCGAUGUCACUUCAAGUAGUAGCAACAUAGCCUCAUCGUCAGCUGCCAUUCCAUCUUUUAUUACCGCAUCAUCAUUAGCGGGCGACUAUGUACGCGUGGUUGUGCAAUUGACUCGAGACAAUGUGCCUGUUGUAUUUGCCAAUUGGUUGAUACCUUUUGAAGGAUUGGAUUUGGCAGUGUCCGAUGUCACUUUUGACCAAUACAUUCAGCUUGGCACGAAGCUCAUGUCAUGUACAAAGGACCAUCAUCAGCAGCAGCAGCAAGAAAUGUGUCCUAUCACCGGCAAUAGUAUGAUUGUACAAAACACUGCAUCAGAGCCAUCCUUUUUAUCAUUGGAAUAUGUUCUUAGGCACCUGCCAAACAAUAUGGGUAUCCACCUUGAGCUCAAGUAUCCAACGGUGCGUGAACUCGAGAUCCACACCUUCUCCAAUAUCCAAGAUCGGAACGUCUUUGUGGAUACGAUUUUGCAAGCGGUCUAUGAUUAUGUGCGUUCUUUGCCAACGGGAUCCAGCAGUGCCAGCAUAUUCUUUUCGUCCUUCAAUCCAGCUAUUUGCACUGUCAUCAAUUGGAAACAACCAAACUAUGCUGUAUUCUUUAGCACUUAUUGCGGGCUCAAUAAGGAUGAUAUGACACGAGGUGUUAAGCGGCGUGUAUCAGAAGAUGCAUCAGUGGUCGAAGUGAGGCAUAAACCAAAGCAAGAUGUACGGACACGAUCUCUCAAGGAAGCUGUCAAAUUUGCAAAACGCAACAACUUGUUGGGUGUUAUUUGUGAAGCGUCACCAUUGGUGCGUGUGCCCUCAUUAAUCAAGAAUAUCAAGGAAAGUGGUUUAAUCUUGGUGUCUUUUGGACAAAUGAAUAUCGAUACACGCUAUCGCUCCAUUCAAGAACGACACGGUGUUGAUGCCAUGAUGAUACACGAAGUGGUCCAUUUUAACACGCAAAUGGCUGGUGCCGGUUUCUGA